AUGGAUUUCUUGUCAGAAGCUAUUGCAAAGCCUCAGCCGAAGCUCCAGCAUUCUGGCCAUCGACAGUACAGCAUUGCGCUGGUCGGUCUCGGCCAUCGUGGUUACAACACCUUCUUCAAGUGUCUGCAGGCGUCUUCUGUCAAAGUGCUUGCGGUCUGCGACACAGAUCCCGGCAAAUUCUUGACUUUCUCGCAGAGUCAUCCCGAUGUCCCCGCCUACUCAUCCAUCGAGGGCAUGCUAGCAGACCAUAAGCCGGACUUUGCUAUUGUCUGCGUUCCUCACCAGUUCCAUAAAGACUGUGUGGAUAUUCUUGCUGAUAGUGGGGUUCCGAUCUUGAAGGAGAAGCCGGUGGCUGGGUCCGCCGAGGAUUUCCGGAAGCUCGUCUGCGCCCCCAUCAAGAUUGGCGUGACGAUGCAGAAGCGCUUCGAACCUCGCUACAAUCAGUUCAAGAGCUUGCUUUAUUCGGUCGGCGAGAUUGCCUCGAUCCAAGCAAGAAUUGUGUUGAACGUUAGAGAUCUUGCUAGCUCGUGGAGAGCAAGCCAGGGAGUUGGUGUAACGGAGGAUCUCGGAUGUCAUAUCGUAGACAUUCUCGUCUGGAUGCUCGGGAAGCCUGAGUCUUUGAUGGCUUCUCGUGUUGUUUCAGUCCGGAGUCCUCCCGAUUGCAACGGCGACGACGUGUCUGUUAUGGCGAUGCGGUGGCCGUCUAACGCAGUGGGCUACCUUUAUAUCUCUCGUAUCGGGCCCUUUGAUGAAGAAUCACUUGUCGUCACCGGCACGAAGGGCACUCUAACUCUGCACGGCCAUAGAAUCUUCCAUUCCGAUCUUGAUGGUAACCAAACAUUCGAAGUCAACAAUGACCACAGAAAGGAAGCGACAAUUCAGUCUAUGUGUCAUCAGUUCGGUGACUACGCCACUGGCCGUACCAAGAGCUAUACGAAUGCUUUGACUGCUUUUGCGGAUACCAUGGCUACCAUUGAAGCGGUCAAUCGGUCAUUCGUCACUCUCCGGGUUGAGAAGGUCUGCCCUAUUGUUUCCAAUCUCCACACGUUGAUCACAAACGGAGAGCACGGGACCAACGGCUUCACGAACGGCACCAAAAAGCCCUCAGUGAUCAUCUGCGAUGGCAACACGCACCCGAAAGAUGCAGAGCAUGCUCCUCCCUCGCCACCCCCAACAACUCUCAGAACCUUCACGCUCAACACUGGCGCGCAAUUACCGGCCGUAGGACUGGGUACCAGAAAGCCCAAGGCACCUGGCCAAGUGUGCAGAGCAGUCAAGGCGGCCCUAGAGGCAGGCUAUCGCCACAUCGAUACUGCGUUUUCGUAUCGCAAUGAGCACGAGGUUGGUCAGGCUAUUAAAGAGUCGGCAGUCCCUCGCUCCGAUAUUUGGAUAACUACCAAGUUGGACAACAAAUGGCACAACAGAGUCGAGGAAGCUUUUGCGCAGUCACUGAACGCACUUGGAGUUGAGUACGUGGAUUUGUAUCUCAUGCAUUGGCCGGUUUCUUUGAAUCCAGAGGAUCCCGAGAAACUACUCGUAGACUGGAACUUUAUAAACACAUGGGAGGAAAUGCAGAAGAUCGCCAAGUCAGGCCGAGCUAAAGCCAUUGGUGUUUCUAAUUUUGGCAUCAGCGAUUUGAAGACACUUUUGGAAAGCCCUAGCUGCAAUAUCACCCCGGCGGUGAAUCAAAUCGAGAUGCACCCGUACUGGCAGACAAAGAAGCUACUGUCGUUCUGUCAGAGUAAAGGGAUUCACUGCAUGGCAUACUCACCCCUGGCCAGCCAAGACUCGGCACUCUACGACGAACCCCUCCUUUCGCAGAUCGCCGCGACCAAGGGCAAGACAGAACAGCAAAUCCUUAUCAUGUGGGGUCUCCAACGAGGCACCAGCGUCAUCCCCAAAAGCGUGACAGAGUCAAGGAUCGUUGAGAAUUUUCAGCUUGAUGGAUGGUGGCUGACUAAUGAGGAGAUGGGCAAGUUGAAUGGUCUGGGCACUCGUCGUCAUAAAGUUUAUUCUGAUGACUGGCUACCUCGCAAAGUCUUUCACGAGGAGGAUGCUUAG